UGAAAACGAGGCAUCGCGCCAGAACCAGUUUGAUUUAGUUGGAUGAUGAAUUCGGAUACAUAGCUCAUGAGUACUCUAUUCAAGUUUUUAGAUGAGACAUGGCGAGUCCUCAACUCUCUCUGUUGGAAAACUCCUUAAAGCAGCAACUGAUGCCCAUCUUUGCCAAUCUGAGUGAGGAUAUACUAGACAUUUGUGUCCGUGACCCAAGUAACCUCUCCAACCUUCAGUUGUGUAUUGACGAUUUGCUGGAAUUGCGUACCUAUACACGACAUCUGGCUGUAUCUACUGCAGACUCCUCGGAUAGCUGGAGACGAGAUCCAGUGGUCGUUGACUCUGAUGAUGAUGGUGACCUUGUCAGUGCUCUUCUAAGUGCAGAAAGUCAGGAGGUGCAGAUCACCCAGCAAUUUCCCCCCACUCGCAGGCUAGACACUGAUUGUCUUCUGACAGAUGUUGAUUCAUCAAAGAAAAAAAGGGGUUCUUCAAUGAAAAUUCGUGAGGCAACAUUUAUCUGUCCCAGUCCUGGUAAUAAUGUAGACACUAGUGUCAGUCUGUUGGAUGAGGUAGAGUUUGACAAUGAUCUUCCACGAUUGUCUACCCCAAGUAAAACAAAAACAAAUUCUCCAGCUGACCACAAAGUAUCUGCCAACAAUGCCACACCGUCCUCCAGGGCAAAUACCAGUACCUCUAUACUGGACGCAGGUCACACAGCUGUGGUGCAGCAAUGGCGACAAAACCAAAUUCAGUCCCUCUUCACUUCACCAACGAAAGCAAGGACAAAUGAAGCAGGACCUAAAUCACAAAUAAGCGAUAUAACAUGUGACUCUCAAACUGUUUUCCAGACUAAAAGCAAAAGUGCUGAUGUUUGUGUGGCUAAAAUUGACCAGAAGCCUAAAUCAGCUGUCUCUGGGAUACUUUCUCCUGCCAAGCUAAAGCUGCCUGGAUCUCCACUGAAAGAGAAAUUGCCUAUUUCCAACUCACACAAGUACAGAUUCAAUCCAGACUCGUUUCACUCCAGUCCUGCCCAAGUUAUUCGUCCUUCUGUUUUCAACCCAGGUAAAAAUGCUACAGAACCACUAACUGCAGGUACAUCAAACGUGCCACAUGACACAUUAACAACUAACAGUGUUGUACCACUGACCUCAGGCACAUCGCAAGACACAACACCAAAACAGAUAAAGUUUAAAAAAUCCCUCAUCCUACCAGGGGACCGGUUACCAGCCACCACAGCAACUUCAAAGACCCCUCUUACUUCAACAUCAGACAAACAACAGAGCAGUGUUUCAAAUAGACUUCCGGCACUCGACACACUGACAAGAGCAUCACAGAACAAUGGGUUGUCAGCUGAAACUUCAAAUUUAAAUGUGCUAAAAUCUCUAAAUGGAAAGGAAGUUUUACAUUCCACAACAAACGGAUCACAGAAAGCUGAUUACAGUAACAGGCCAUGGCUUCAUGAUCAGUCGCAGAGAUCUUCAAAUGCAAACCAGGUACUUAUCCCUUCAAAAUCACCUCAGAAAACUUCAAGCAAAUGUCCAUGGAUUCCAGAACCUGUGGCAACCUCAAAUUCACCUCAUCCUCUUACUUCAAAUAAAUUACAGGGUUCCAGUGGACCACAGAGUGAAAUUUCAAACAAAUGGCCAUGGCUACAGACAACAUCAAGUACAAACUCAACACAAUCUUCAAAUUCAAGCAAGCAUCAGACUGUGUCUCAAGUAUCACAGAAUUCAACCAUCAAUAGCAAGUAUCAGACUGUGUCUCAAGUACCAAAGACUUCAACCAUCAAUAGCAAGCAUCAGACUGUGUCUCAAGUACCACAUAAUUCAACCAUCAAUAGCAAGUAUCAGACUGUGUCUCAAUUACCAAAGACUUCAACCAUCAAUAGCAAGCAUCAGACUGUGUCUCAAGUACCACAUAAUUCAACCAUCAGUAGCAAGUAUCAGACUGUAUCUCAAGUACCAAAGACUUCAACCAUCAAUAGCAAGCAUCAGACUGUGUCUCAAGUACCACAGACUUCAACCAUCAGUAGCAAGCAUCAGACUGUGUCUCAAGUACCACAGAAUUCAACCAUCAAUAGCAAAUAUCAGACUGUGUCUCAAGUACCACAGAGUUCAACCAUCAAUAGCAAAUAUCAGGCUGUGUCUCAAGUACCACAGACUUCAACCAUCAAUAGCAAAUAUCAGGCUGUGUCUCAAGUACCACAGAGUUCUACCAUCAGUAAGUCACUGGAAUCAAUAACCUCUUUAAUACAAUCUACAGAUUGUAAAAAAACACAUGUCACAUCAAAUGCACCAAAUCAUUUAUUGGUUAGCAGACCACUGGCAUCAAAAUCAACUGUGGCGCAAUUUACAAAUUGUAAUAGACUACUUGUCACAUCAAAAACACCACAGAAUCCAACCAUCAACAAGUCGUUGGUACCAACACCAACAGUGACACAACACAACAGUUCUAGUGUUCAGAGGGUGUCAGAGGGACCACAUGAUUCAUCCUUGAGUAGGCCACCAUCCAUGUUGAGAAGACAGCAGUCUGCUUAUUCUACUUCAAAGGCAGAAGUACCAACAACAGCCAAGUUGUCUGUGACAGCAAAUAUACCAUUAACAUCAAAUAUACCAUCAACAGCAAAAAUACCAUCAGCAGCAAAGAUACCGUCAACAGGAAACACAUCAUCAAAUACAUUACCUGGUAGUUCUAAUGAUAACAUUGUGGCCUCAGCAUCUGGAGACUGGAGGGCUACACCAAACAUAAAGCCACCAUCUUCUAUGUCAAAAGAUGGAAUACAGGUCCUAACUGAUCAGUCACGAAUAACCAAUUCUAAUACAAUACUUCCUGCUGCAUCUUUGGGCAAGGCACAAGACUCAAAGGCUGUUAGUGCUUCACAGACAGCAUUGUCAAACAGAAUCCCUACUGCUGUCCCCAAACUUAAUGAUCAGGCAGCCCUACCUGUCCAUCUCAAAGCUGCUGCUCCUGGCGUAACCAAGCCAAAAGCAGAUCUGUCGGCUGUCACAGCAAGUGCUGCAGUGCGUACCAGUACUGUGACAAACCCAGCAAGUGGAGCGAAACCCCAAGCUGAUCCCAGUAAGGAGAUACCAGCCCCAAAAUCUAGGACAAAGUGUUUGGUAGAGGAUGUGCUGGCACUAUUUGGAGAUGCUGACCCUGAAUAUGUAAGGAGGAUGGUGGAAAUGGAGCUUCUCACUCAACGGCCUGACCACGAGAUCGUCAACAACCUGUGUAACCUGCUUCUAGAGAACCAUACUUAUCCUCGGGUGCAGCCCUCGGCCACUGUCACCAUCGUGGAAGAAAUUGAUGACACUGACUAUUACCAAGAGUACAAGAAGAAUGAGCACCAGGCAGGUUUAUACUAUAGUCAGACAGAAAAGCUGCUGAUGCACCAGUUUAUGUGGAUAUCAGCACAGUGUGUGAGACAGGUGCUACGCUGGUACAGUGGAUAUUAUGCCCCAACACACCAGGUCCUUGGUCAGGUGAUGAAACAGAGGAAGGAGGAUAUCAAAAAGGAUAAAGGAGAUGUUCCCUAUUCCCUGAAAUUGCAUUCCCUACAUGCUGGAGCUACUAUCAACAUCACCGUUGCACCCAACAGUAAGGAGCGGCCAUUAUCAGUAACACUGUUGAAGAACUGGCGUAAAACUUCACCUCCACCAUUAGUUGGUCUGGAUCCUUUCCUUCAGAGAGAAGUCAACUUUAUUAAACGAAAACAACAGGAUGAAUUUGAGGAGGCAGACCACCAGAUGGCACUGAUGCUCAAUGAGACGGAGUAUGAGGAGAGCGGACAGCUAAUAGAAUGUGGCUGCUGUUACGGUGAAGUGCCAUUUGAAAACAUGAUACAGUGUUAUGAAGGACACCUGUUUUGUGAUGACUGUCUCCAGAGGUAUGCCAAGGAGGCGGUUUUUGGUGCUGGAAAGGCAGACCUAAUGUGUAUGACAGAGGGUUGUGAUGCCUCCUAUCCUGUCACCCAGUUAAGUAAAGCUCUCCCCAGCAGCAUUUUGAGCAAAUAUGAAGACCGUGUCCAGGAAGAGAACUUGAAUCUGGCUGACCUUUCCGACCUUGUAAGCUAUGCAGCUGGGAGGUGUCCUCACUGUGACUUUGCGGCUGUGUUAGACCCAGGAUACUCAGUGUUCCGAUGUGCCAACCCAGCUUGUGAAAAAGAAACAUGUCGCCAUUGUCAAGAGCCCUGGGCAGACCACAUCGGGAAGACUUGUGAUCAGGUGGAAAAGAAGGAUGAGGUGAAACUGCGUGUUCAGUUUGAAGAGAAGAUGACCAUGGCCAAGAUAAGAACCUGUAUCAAAUGUAAAACUAAAUUCACCAAGUCAGAAGGCUGUAACAAGAUGACCUGUCGCUGCGGUUCAAAGAUGUGCUACAUAUGCCGAAAACCUAAUAUUGACUACAAUCACUUCUGUCAACAUGUCCGAGAACCAGGCAAGGGUUGUGACAAGUGUACGGCCUGUUUCCUGUGGAGUACUGGAGAGGAGGACGACAAGAGGGCAAUAGAGGAAAUUAGGAAGCAGGCAGAAGAAGCUAGAAAAGCACAAGGUAAUGACAUGUUUUUUAUUUAUUCAGAUACAUGCUGUAUGAUAGAUUUUCCAAUUUAG